AUGGUGAAGGAAGUCAAAGCCAUCGGAAAUCCUUGCGGAAAGGUAGUAUCUACCAGAUACCUAGUAGCAACGCUAGGAUCGAUCGGACUGGGCAUCGUAUACGGCUUGAAAGUGAACCUGCACGUAGCCAUAGUAAACAUGGUGAAAUCGCCCGAAAUCCCAACCGGCAACCUACACACCGGCAACCUAUCCGAGCAAUUCUGCGGCGAGCUGUACCCCCCAUCGAAAACCGCCUCCAAAGAAGAGGGCUCCUUCGAGUGGUCCAGCCGCGUGCAGGGCGUCCUGCUCAGCGCCUACUUCUGGGGCUACAUGGUCUCCCAAAUACCCGGCGGCCGCAUGGCGGAGGUCUUCAGCGCCAAGUGGGUCAUGUUCUUUUCGGUGGCGGUGAACGUCCUGUGCGCCGUUUUGACCCCGGUGAUGGCCCGCUUGCACUACACCGCUCUGAUAGCCAUGCGAAUGUUCCAGGGCGCCGGCGGCGGCGUCAGUUUCCCCGCCAUGCACGUCAUGCUGGCGCAUUGGGCGCCCCCCAACGAGCGGAGCGUCAUGAGCACCAUCACUUACGCGGGCACCGCCUUCGGUACAGUGGUGUUCAUGCUGGUGUCCGGAUUACUAGCCGGUGUCGUGGGCUGGGAGGCGGUGUUUUACGUCGAAGGCAGCAUCAGCGUUUUGUGGCUGUUCAUCUGGGCUGCCUACGUAACCGAUACACCCGAGACCCAACGCUUCAUCUCCGACGACGAACGGAAAUUCAUCACCACGUCUCUGAACCAAGGAGCUACCAAACAAGAGAGGAAGUACGAGGUGCCGUGGAAGUUAGUGAUGACCUCCCCGGCGUUCCUGGCCAUCCUCGUAGCGCACACCUGCUCCAACUGGGGCUGGUACAUGGUGCUCAUCGAGCUGCCGCUCUACAUGAAGAACGUCCUGCGCUUCGAGAUAUCGGAGAACGCCGUGUUGUCGGCGGUGCCGUUCCUCUGCAUGUGGCUGUUCAGCAUGAUCCUGAGCAAGACGCUGGACUCGUUGCAGCAGAAGCGCAUCAUCGACACGACCAUGGCGCGGAAGAUAGCCACCGGUUGCGCCAGCAUCGUGCCGAUGAGCUGCUUCAUCUGCCUGGGGUACGUGCAGUGCCAGAGGGCGCUGGCGGUGUUCCUGAUGACGAUAGCGGUGACGUCGAUCGGCGGGAUGUUCUGCGGGUUUCUCUCGAAUCACAUCGACAUAGCGCCGAAUUUCGCAGGUACUUUGAUCGGGGUGACCAACACGGUGGCUACCGUGCCGGGGAUCGUCGUGCCGGUGUUCGUUGGAGAGAUGACAGCGGUUGAUAAAUCGGUGAGGCCCUGGCGGACGAUCUUCUGGACGACGGUGCUUUUGUACCUGGUGGAGAUCUUCGUGUACAUGAUUUUCGGGUCGGGCGUGGAGCAGGCUUGGAACAAAGUGGAGGAAUCGGUGGGGGAGACGCAACCGCUCAAAUCGCCCAACGAGGAGAAGAGGCAACCGAACGAGGAGGAUGCUAAGAGGGACGUUAGCGAGUAG